GCCUUAUUCACGUUCAGCACAGCCGAAGAUUCUGUGCAGCGUGUUGAACGCAGGUUUCAAACUCACUCAGAAAAUCAACCAUCUACCUUUAUUUUUGGUGUUGGCUGUGCUGGACUUUGUGAUCAAGCGUAUAACUAACACAAAAUGGCAGUCUUGAACUCCAGGAUAAAUUCCCAAUGUGGUCAGCUCGCUUUGAAACGUCAUCUAUGCACUUUGUUUUUUCACCACACUGUGAUCCUACUCCUUCUGACAGAUAUAAGGACAGGUCAGUCUGAGACAGUAACAUCAUCUCAAACAAUAAUCACAGUAGUUGGUGAGGAUGUCAUCUUACCAUGCUACCUUGACUCUGCGUCAGACGCUGUUUCUAAGAGUCUGGAGUGGGGAAGACCUGACCUGGAUCCCAGAUUUGUCCAUGUGUGGUUUGAGGGUCAAGACCAUCUAGUUAAUCAAAACCCAUCUUACAGAGGAAGGACAUCACUGUCCACUGAGAAACUAAAGCAGGGGGACCUUUCACUGAAACUCACUAGAGUCAAACACUCUGAUAAUGGCAGAUACAGAUGCUUUUUUCCCUCAGAGUCCAAAGAAUCUACCGUUGAACUUCUUGUUGGUUCACUUUCCUUACCUACAGUAGCAGAAGUCAACAUAAACAGGAGUGCAGUCGCUUUACAGUGUAAGUCUGCAGGCUGGUAUCCAGAGCCUGAGCUGUUGUGGAUGGACAGUGAUGGAAACAGCCACUCUGCUGGACCUACAGAGACCCUCAGAGGUCCUGAUGACCUCUAUACUGUCAGCAGCAGAGUGACUGUGGAGAAGAGACACAGAAAUACUGUCAACUGUAUAGUCCAACAAAGGGAUAUCAACCAGAGCAGAGAGACACAGAUGCAUGUUUCAGGUGACUGUGUUGCAGUUCCACCUUCUUCUGCCCUCCGUGUCAGUCUUAUUUUGGCAGUUUUUCUCAUUUGUACUUGUACAACAGUCAUUGUUCUGUGGAUAUGGAGACAAAACAAAAUCAAAGAGAAAAGGAGGCAAGCUAAGGAUGAAGCUGAGGAGAAAGAGAAAGAGCAGCUGUUGGCAGAAAACAAGAAGUCUGAAGAACUACAGCGGAAAGAGGAAGAGCUGAAAGACCUGGAGGAGCUGGUUAAUAUACUGAUUGAACAGGAAAACGAACUGAAGAAAGUAAAAAAUGAACUCAAACAACAAAGGGAUAUGGUGGAUGGUGAGGUGGAGGAUAUUGAAAACAAGCUUCGGUCAGUGGAUAAGAACACAGAAAGUGACAGAGCAAAGGGAUACAUGGAUCUGAAAGAAAUAAUAACAGAAAGCAAAAACAAAUUACUAAAGAAAAAAGCAGCAAAUUCAGUGCUGCAAACAAACAUUGAAAACCGUCUGCUUAGAACACAGCACAUACAUGAUAAAAUGACCCAAAGAAAACCGGAAGUCGAGAAACAACUGGCAGAGUUACAGAAACAGACAGAUGAGAUUGAGAAGACACUUAAUUUAGAGCAAAAUCAGGAAACUUUAAACAUUUAGAAAAAAUCUCAAACCUCAUGUAGAGAGGUUUGAAAAGUACUUCUUGUAUCUGCUGAUGGUACGUACCGCCAGCCUGUCCUUCCGUGAUGGCUCAUCUCAUCCCCAUCUUCCCUUCUUUCUCAGGUGUCUGCUACCUGAGGUAUUCACUAAGCACAUCAUCUGUUGUGGCCAUCUUCCUGAUGUACUCAUGGAUGUUUGUUGUCCCAUCCUGGACGGUGGUUCUGACACUCAUUAAUGCACGGUCACCUUUCUUUGGUUUAGCGCACAGACUCAGGGUGAUGGAUUUGGGGUGAAUCAGAAUUAGAAUAAGAAUAGUUUAUUAAGCCUUAAUUAAACUAUGUGUGUACACCUUCUCCAAGAUAAUAAGAACAGUAACAGACUGAAAUUAAAUAAUACAAUAUAUAACAAAGUUACAAAAUAUAAGAAAUAGCUCUAAUAUAUGCAAAUAUACAGAUUAUAAAUAUCCAGAACAUUACAGGGAUUAAAUAUGUAUGGUUUUACUCUAAACUGUAAAGUGUAACUGAAACCCCAUGCAUGGUAAAGAGCUUCCUUGUCUUGAUGUCAGUGGCUUUUAUCUCUGCCUUUGGCCAGCUUAUUAUCCCACCAGGGUGCCUGAUCACGGGUCAGAUACAGUGUGUUGAUUGCCUGGAUCUUGUUCUUCCUAUUCAGCUGACUCUUCAGGUCUUACCUGACUCUCUGCAGGUAUUUCACUGUUACAGCUUUCCUGGCAGCCUCUUUGAGGUUCCCAUGUGUAUGGGCUCAAAUUGUGGUCAUAAAUAUUUUGUACUUGUUAAUCAGAAUGUGUAGUUGUGAGUUUUGUAACCUUCAAAUGAAAAUAUAUGAAAAUAUGAUGUUUUUGCAUCUAUAAAUUAGAAUUUGUGUGUGUGUGUGUGUGUGUGUAAAAACAUUUGUGUUACAAUAUUUUUUUGGUAAGGUCUGCUUACAGAUACAAAGCAAAAAAACUAUGUGUAAAACUCACGUUUCCCGGCUGCGUGUGAAUUUCAACUUACAAGUACGAAUUUUUACCCGAUUUUUCUUCUUUUCUUCAAUUUAAACUCCAGUUUAAAUUUAUAAAGUCAUUUCCACCUCAUGUUCUGUCAAAUAUUUACAUCGUCUCCAAGAUCCAACUGUGAUAAACAUUUUUCAGUCAGUGUGAUUGAUAAUAAUAGGACAAAUGAUCACCGAUCAGUGUGUAAUAUGCAGUCAAUGGAACUGACAGUCUGACAGUUGUAUUAAUGCCCACAGACUGGCACAGUUAGAAACAUGGAGACUAGAUUUUACUCUGAGCUGACAAUAAACCUGUGGUCCUGUGUAAUAUAAAUAUACACACACACACACACACACACACACACACAUAUCCCCAACUAGCCAUCCUCUCUGAGACUGAUUCAAGACUUAUGUUAUUAUUGGGUGAUAGCAUCUCAAAAUACGAUCACCCUCAACAUCUUCUCAGAUCCAUUUCAUGCAAAAACGGAGCAAACUAAAAAUCUGUGUCAUUGUAACCCAGUG